AUGGGAUUUGGAGGUAUUCGGCUGUGCUUGUCUCUCUUGCUGGCUUUUGCUGUAAUCUCUUCUGCUUCCACGAACACCAUUGAUUCAUUUUCAGUUUCAGAAAAUGAUGAGAUGGUGAUGACGAUGGGGGCGAGGUCCCUGAAGGUGAGAAUCAACGACUACGAAGACCCUACUGCGAAUCGGGGGCAUGAUCCACCAUCUGUCUCCAAGGCCAAGCCCCGCAGAGUCCGUAGCCGGAAGGGAUAGCUCAUAUAAACAUAUAUAUGGUGCUUAAUUGUUUGGUUAAUUGUUUUAAUCUCCUGCUUAAUUACAGGCUCUUCCGUUUUUUGCAUUGUAUCUCUAUGUGACUUGUAUUAUACUAGCUAGCUUGAGUAUGAAAUAAUAGCAACUUUGUUCAAUCACUUCACCACCUGAACUAGGGCCGGGUACGUUGCAGGAGCGCGCGCUAUUGGCAAAUUGAGUGUAUGUGCUCACCACACUUGCAAAUUGGUUUUGUUUUACAUUGAGGCCGGUCAAUUA